ACAACCAUGCGCCGCGCCACCUCCGCCAAGCGCGCCACGCAGCGUUUAAGACGCACGGUCAAGAAGCCCCUGGACAUGAAGACCCAGGACAAAUUGCGGAAGGCCCUGCGGGCCAAGUGCGGCUCGCGGCCGGACGAGCGUUUUUUUCGGAAAUACGACCGCGACCGGUCCGGCGAAUUGUCGGUCCAAGAAGUCGAGGAGAUGUUCCGCACGGGCCUCAAGAUUACGAAGCGCGAGGCCUCGCCGGCGGACGUACGAGCGUUAGUGGCCGCGAUGGACGCGGACGGCAGCGGGACGUUAUCUCUCGCGGAGCUAGCUGCCUUUGUGGGCAACCGGCCCGUCUCCCCAGGAAAGAGCAAGAUGAAGCGGCGGAUGAUCAAGAAGACGACGGCCUUCUUUCCAGCAGCGUCCGGGGAGCCGCUCGCGCCGCCGUAUCGCGCGCCGCCGGCGUCUAUUCAACGCGGUCGCGUCGAUGGCGUCACGUGGACGCUGGACUCACACAGGCCGCCCGCACACGCACUUCGACGCCGAGGCCCUGAAGCGCUUCCGCGACGGCGUCCAAAAGUCGUUGGCGACCAUCCGGACCGACACGCGGACCGCGCUCGAGAACAGCAACUCCCAGAAGAGCGAGAACCUCUCGCCGCGGUCCAUGCUCAAAUUUUUAAGGGAGGAUCUGGACGUCCCCAGAACUGUAGUGAGGGACGGCGACGCUCUAGAAUUACUCAAGCUCGCUGAUGUGGACGACUACGGCACGCUGGCCUUGGACGACCUCGCCGCGUUUUUAGAGAGGGGCCCUAGAGCGUUCUACAACGCCCAAGCAUUACCGGGUAAGUCGAUACAGCUACCGAAGCCGCCGGGCUCCGAUUCGCAGCGAUUUGGUAGAGUAGUUGGUGCGCUGGAAGCGCGAUUGGAGAAUGGCGACACUCGUUCAAGGUUCGCCGCCGUCGACCAUGAUGGCGACGGCAAGGUCAAGGUCGAGGCGUUUCGGGAGGCCGUGCGCGGCUCGGCUCUGCAUUUGACCGAAGAAGAUCUAGAUGAGGAGGACUUGGAUGCGCUCGUGCAGAUGAUCGACAAGAAUCCUGGAGGUAGAAAAGUGUAUGAAGUUGAUGUCCGGAAGCUCGCUCUUCUGUCAAAAAGAGGCGGCGACGCGAUCUCCGAUCUGUACGACGCGGAAAAACAAUUUCUGAGGAAGACGGCAAAUGAACGCAAAAAGGCCAUACAACGACGGACGGCGGAAGAUAGAUAUACGACAUGGGACGCGGCCCAACCCAAACCCGAUCCGAGACAGAAAAUACCUCCGCUCGGCCAGCGGCUCAUCCCGUGCAAUCUGUUCGCGUGGUUGGACGACCCCGUCGGCUAUGUCGCGCCGCUGGACGCCCCCAAGUUGUCAAGUAAGGAUGAUUCGACCGGGCCUUCUGAUUUGGAAGCGUUAAUCAAGCUCAGAAACGCCCUGCAGCUCCACGAGGCGCUGGGCCAAUCGCUAGCUGCGGGCUCCGUAUUGCUAAAGAUGGGCCGGCGGCUCCGGGACCGUUCUCUCGCAAGAUAUUUCCCGCGCGGCGCGCAUCGCGCCAAGGAGCUGCGAUGUGCUGGAGAAGCAUUAGACGCCGCCUCAUCACUCUUCAGGACGUACUUCGACGACGCGACGCACCACCUGUCUCUCACAGCUUUGUAUGAAGCGGCCGACUCGUUUUUGGAAGCGGAGGAUGAGCUCGUGAACUCGCUUUCACAAGUGCGGGGCCCCGUGCCCGACGACCUCGAGGACGACGCGGCGUCCGAGCGGUCCCUAUUGCUACGCUUCGCCGAACGGUCGUUGGCGGAGUUCAAGGAGGCCCACUCGCUCCUGGAUGUGACUGGACUCACACCGAAAGAAAUUGCUAGGUACGCGAACGGCCUCGCGCUCGUCGCGGUCGUGCAGUCGCGGCAACCUUUGCAUGAAGGGGCGCAGAAGGUCCAGCGGUCCUUUGGGGAUGCGGAACGGUUGCAUGCGGCGCUCCAAGGGGACGUGGCGGCGCUGUGCAAGGCCGAGUGGCAGAAGCGGCGCGCGUUCGAGCGGUCGCGCGCGGGCUAUCCGGCCGAGGCUUUGGAAGCGAUGCGGGCGCGCGAGGAGUUGUUGGAGAGCGCCCUUGGCGUUGACCACGUCGAGACGGCCGGGGCGCGGCGGCUGCGCGUGCUCUGGUCUCGGGGCUUGGGCGGCGGCGCGGGGAUUGGGGGGAACGCGCCGGAGGUGCCUAAGAUGUGAUACUGUGAUUACAUUACAACAGACAAC